AUGAAGAUCGAGGCGGAUUCUUGGAUGCGUGGAGAAGAGGAUUCAGGUGUCGAAUUUCCGUCACACGCGCCGCAAGAGACGGCGGACUCGCAGAGCCGGCUUCUGCACCUUCCGGGCGAGCUGCUAUCCUCCAUCGUCGCUCGAGUCGCAGCGUCGGCCAGUUGUCCCGGCGACAUCGCAAAUCUGCGACUGAGCUGUCGCACCAUGCGCGCAACGGCGCACGCCCCCGCAACGCUGGCCGCAGCGAGUUCCGCGGCGGUGGAAGUGAGGCUGCGCCAGUGGUGCCCUCACGCGCACCAGUUUUUGCGGGAGUGCUGCGAGGCGGGCAACGCCCCUGCCUGCCAUUUUCUCGGCAUGGUCUCCUUCUACUGUCUCGACCUGCACGAGCGAGGCAUGCAGCUACUGGCGCGGGCAGCCAUGGCGGGCCAUGCACCAGCGCUCUACUCUCUUGCCGUUAUGCACUUCAACGCCAGUGGACCGCUCGCCCCGCACCCUCGACUGAACGACACCACUCUAGGGCUUUCUACCGGUUCGUCCCCGUCCCUGCCGCCACCCACCCGGUCCACCUCGCACCCCUCCUCCUCCUCUCUCCCGUUCUCUUUUCCGCGCUCCCCUCUUUUUCUGCUCAUCUGUCUUACCCCUCCCUCUCUUUCCCCCGCAUCCCCUGCCCUUCUCCCCUUCUUUCCAGUGAUCUGCCUACAGCGGUGCAGCUGUGCAUGCAAGCAGCCUCAGCGUGCUAUGGAUGCGAGGGAAGGGAGCAUGUUGGAGGAGCAAGGAAGGAUAUGUCCUCUGGCUUCCUUCACCGGGACAAAAGAACUGGAGGAGGAGGAAAGGCAGGAAAGGCAGGUGGAGGAGGUGGAGGAGGAUUGGAUGAGAGGGGAGGAGUGGGAGGCGCUGGGGUCUCCUACAGCUAGUGAGCUGCUGGAACUGCAGGUGACAGAAGAGAGAUGUCCCACUGACGCCUCACACCGCUUCCUUGUGGACUGGCAUGCUGCUGCGGCGGCGGCUGCUGCUGCUGCCAGUGCGGACCGGUGUGCUGGGAUGAUGCGCGAUGGGCCUGUGCAGUGGGGCGUUGCAGCUCGCGGUGAUGGUGGUGGUGCCAUGAGAAUGGGUGAGAGCAGCGGUGCAGCAUGCCUGGAGGAGUGUGGUGAUCUGUGCAGAGAGACAAGAACAGCAGCAGAAGCAGCAGCAGAAGCAGCAGACGAGUUGGCCACUGCAGAAAGCAGGCCAGGUCCGUUUCACUCCCCUGACCUUUUGUCAUCCCAUCUGCACUCGCUCACCCCUCUGCAGUCCUGCUCUAACCCAAUGUGUGGGCGGAAGGAGAGCAGGCCGGAGGAGUUUAGAUGCUGUGCGGCAUGCGGAGAGGCUCGGUAUUGCUCCCGAGGCUGCCAGACAGAGGAUUGGGCAGGCGGGCAUCAAGUGGCGUGCACUAUGCUGGCUGCUGCAGUUAUGGCGGUUGCAGAGUCAGAAGGAGCCCCACUAAGAAUGUCUGGCGUGGUUGGAUAA